AGGCUGACUAUCGUGUGUCAAACAGCCUGUGUUUCGUGUGUGUCUCAUCGCAUACCAUUAGAUUUUUCAUCGUUUUCAAUGAAAAUACGUACUGUGCAUUGGUUCGAUGUGCCAGCGGAUAUCGUGCCGGAUGUUUGAUCCUGUAUUCGCUGGCUUGUCAUCGCAAAAUCAUCGGAAUGAAAUUGCAAUGCCGGUUGCGUGGAAAUUUGGAACGAGAACAGAGGGCAAGCUACGGAAGCAAGAAAAGGAAGUGUGACUAGUAAUGGUCUCGAAGAACGGAGAUCUUCGUGACGGUGUCGGGCUCGUCAGCGUUUCAUCGCGGGAAUUUCAACCCGCGUUGAACACCUGCUGCAUCUCUAACACGAGGAAUAUUUCCUUCUGGAGUUUAAUAAGUGAAGUUGUUUUAAAUUAAAACUUAGAAGGUUGAAGUUUGUGGAUCAAGGAUACCUUUGUUUGAGUUUUGCAAGAAGAAGUUUGAGAAGAGGAGAUGUCCGCCGUUGAGAGCGCCUUGGAUGUCCUCUCCAGGGCAGCCACCAUGGUGCAAGAAGAGAGGCCGAAGACGACGAAUCUCCAUCGAAAACCGAGCAGCGCGUGGCGCAAGGAACGUAGGAGGGAUCCAAUUCAAAGUGAGGCCCUGGAUAUGUCCGCGGCCCGGGUCCAUCAUCAUCAUCACCAUCAUAGCAGGCCCAGUGUAAUAGUACCUACCACUCCACAACCCGGAACAACUAUUGAGGACACAGCAGUAACGCCUACCCCAUCUCUGACGCCGUCAGCGGCAGCAGGAGGCCAAAGAACUGGGGUCAGAACCGUGGGUGGUGUGAGUGAUCCUGCAAUAGAUGAGCAUUUCAAAAGAUCUUUAGGCUUAGAGGAGUAUGCUGCAGUUUUUAACGCUACUACUACUGACAAAGAGCCAGGCCUCAGUGUGGAUGAUCAUUUUGCAAAAGCACUUGGAGAAACCUGGACAAGGCUGCAAGCGACCAGCAGAAGCAAGGACUCGACUUAACUGCCGGACAGUUAAUCGAGAAUCCUCACCAUCUUUGCGUCGUUGUUGUUGCCUCCGUUUCCUUCAUCGUGACAUCUAAUGUGCUUUCAUUAUCUGUCUACUUCUUAAUCUACAAAUUAAUGUGAAAUUAUUAAUAUUCGUGAGAAGAACUAUGGAAGCAACCAACGAACUCUGUAUUAUUAUUAUUAUUAUUUUUAUUAUUAUUAUGGUUAUUAUUAUUAAUAUUAUUGAUAUUAAUAUUAAUAUUGUGGUUCGCGUGGAAAAUAGAAUGAAAGAGUACCUAAGUGUCCUUGAAAUGUCACAGAUACUCUUGGAUGUAAUUUAGGGGGUAUCGUGAUUCAUACACGCGAUUUUUCUAACUUUUUGUGACAAUUGUACUUGAGAUAUUGUAUAUAUAGACGUGUAUUCUUUUAAUCAUGCCAUCAUCGCGGCCUCAGAGGUCUCAAGUUAUUUAUUAUAUGAUGUUCUAUACUGCCUCGCUAAGUGCUAGACCUGUUCAGU